AUGAGCCCCUGUUGCUCUGAAGAAAUCGAAGGAUUACUCUAGCAUGAUCGGGCGAUGGGCAACGGUGCUGUAGAGCAUGGACUUUGACAUUCGUCAUCGGAAGCACGAGAGACACGGGAAUGCAGACAAACUGACACGACUGCACCGACCCGAGAAAGUUUCGAAGAGUGAGGAGGUGAUUCCGUGGAACGAACCCAAACAGGAGAUCGGACCUCGGUACGGCCAAGUGGAGAUCUUGUCGAAGCAAUCGGUACAGCCGGGGCGCUGCCAGCUGAUUGCGCAAGAGCUCAUCGCACCGAUCGUGCAAUUGGCGGACGAUCUCUCGCCCGACAUCUAUUUACAGAGUGACGACAGUCCUGCUCCGUACAUUUUCGAGCGAUCAUUGGAUCCGUACCUGCAGUGGACUGCGUGCUUGGAAGAACCCAGAGACGAGGAUACGCUACCAUCGCGGCAGGAGUAUCUCAAGCCGUACGAUAUCAUCCCUCACGCCUUUUAUCCAAGGGUGGAGGAAGUGGUGAUCGACGACGACGAAGAAGACGAGGGCGAGGAAACAUCGGAGGAGGGAAGCUAUAGUGAGCAUAGCGAGGGCGAGCUGAGCGAAGGAGAAGAGGAGGAAGAAGAAACUGGAUCUGAGUGGGAAGCCUUGCCGGAGGAAGCGAUGCGUACGGGAACCGAGGCGGAAGAUCUAAUAGAGGUGCGAAAGCGCGAAGAAAUUGCCACCGGGAAGCGCCAGCUGGAGUUCGCCAGCGAAGCUAGCCUGCGCAUCGGUAACGACCCGACCAGGGAUCCAGAGCCGCCGAAGCCCGAAGAUGGCGACCCUGCAGCCGCCACCUCAAGUACCGCGCGACGGAGACGGAGCCGAUCCCCCUCCUCCUCCAGCCCCACCCGUCCCCCAGUUCGCCCACGUACCGAUGCGGGCGAUAGGCCUUUGUCCUCGGACACUGUCCCGCCGACCCCUUGAUUUCCUCACCCUCGAGCAGAUCCGUAC